AUGACGUGCUGCGUCCUCAUUUUUAUCGUGUUGCUCCUCGUGCUCCGAAUUGGCGACUCAGAAAAAGUCCCCCACGACGGAAGAAAUGAAAGACCGCUCCUAGCUAGUGCUAUCCUCAGGAACAGCUUGAAAAAAAAAAGAGGUACCCAUAAGUAUACAUUGACAAAUAAAUACAUAGGCACACACAAAUGUGUAAAUAAAAAACGAACACACAUAAAGGCGACGCUAUUUCUACUCGCACCACAUGGAUUACAAAAGAGCAACUUCCGUUUCUCCAAUCUGUACGUUCGUGGGAACACAAACGUGAAACCCAAAACGAACAAGUCAAUUGCGAAGCGAUUUAAAAUAACAAAAAAUGGAAAGCUGAUACGAAAAAAAGCGGGAAGGAAUCACAUGCUGAGGAAGAAAACAUCGUCCAAUAAAGCGUCCCUGCGGAAGACGACUACCAUCGCCUCCAACCGCAUUGCGAAGAAGUACAAGAGCGCCAUUCAU